AUGUUUAGAAUUGAGAAAAAAUAUAGAUGGAGAACUAUUAUUCGUGUCAUAUGUCUUCUUUUAUCAAUUAUAUCAGCAAUUGUUAUACUUAUUGGUCCAGGUUUCUGUAUAACUAUAACCAACAUUUCAUUUUAUGAAAAUAUAUGUAGAAAUUUUUCUGUUUCUGAUUGGAGUUUUAGUGUAGCGGCUCCAUAUCUUCAGAUUUCCGUAAUUUUUCUUACAUUAACAUUUUCUAUCAUGAAUAUUAUUGAAAUAUCAUCUGAAACAACAAUAAAACUUCGGAAAAAUUUAAUCACAAUAUGUUCAUGCAUUUUUACAUAUAGUUAUGCAUUCACAAUAGAAAUUAUAAUAUAUACAAAUCUUAUACAAGCUUAUUACAUUGACAAUACUUUCAGUUUUAGUAUAAAAAUAUAUGGGUAUUUAGGUGCAGGAAUAUGUUUUAUAUUGGCAACUAUCUUAUCAAUCAUUGAUUAUAUUUUGUUUAAGAAACAAUGUAUUCAUUAA